AUGUUACCUCCGACACGAUCACCAGGGUUGAGCAACCCUGUAUCACCGCCCAUGGGUGCGCCGGCUCGGGACAACUAUACAACAACCUCCGGUCUGCAAAGACACCCCCACACGCUAUCGCCUCGUCAUUCUAACCUCUCUCGCUACAACUCUUUGCCUGAAACGCCUAGGAGUGUGCUGCCAACCACCAUGCCUUUGGCAUACAGCAACUACCAGAGCUCAUCCUACUCUACCCAUAAUCAAUCCUCAGAGACACCACCUUUCAACGCGCAAGAGACGUACGGAACAAUUACUUGCGAGGGCACUAACGUAUUGCCAGCUCUUGAGGCGAAGAUAGAGAAAGGAUUCUUUUACUCUAGCGACCGCGUAUGGACCUGCUACCGCAGAAAUUACUUCGCUGUCAAUGUUUCCUUUGGACUCAACCCCUGGAUCUCUAACGCUCGCUUAUAUCUUGACCAAGGGAACGGGAAGCCGCAAGAACAAAUCCAAUCGAUGGCCGUUUCUCUUGCUGCUGCCGUUGACGGUACAGCAGGAAAGACUAUCGAGCUUAUCCAGCAUACUCCAAAACGCGACAAGGGUCCUCAGCUUUCUAUGAAGAAAGAGCUUCUCGCGCCUACACCGCCUGGAAAGAGCCACGAGCAUGGCAGCUAUGGGCUUAACAGUUUCCAUCAGUCUUCAAGUGUACCAGGCCCACAGUUGCCUCUGCAAAACGACUCCGACUCUUCGCAACAAUACUCGCCUACUAGCCAUGCCAGUAGCAACUUCCAGCAUGGUUUCGAACGUAUUCAGUUCAAAUCUGCAACGGCCAACAACGGAAAGCGUCGGGCUCAGCAACAGUACUACCAUCUGAUCGUCGAACUCUGGGCAAACGUUCAGAAUCCGAGAGACGACAGCCCGAAGUGGGUGAAGAUUGCUGCUCGCUCGUCACAUCCGGUUGUCGUCCGUGGAAGAUCACCAAGCCACUACCAACACGAGGGACCUCACAAUGCUGGCGCCAGCAGAGGCGCUGGAGGAGCAGGCCUCGGUGGGCCCGGACACCAUGGGCUAGGUUCUAACAGCACACGAAGCUUUGGAUCCUACGGCAACGGCUUGUCAAAUAGCGGCGCAACAAUGGGCGGCAACAUGUAUAGAGGGAACACCUACUCGCUCGAUCCAAGCCCCAUAGGUAGCCACUCUGUGAGUUCUGCGAGCUCGUUGAGCGGCGGCCCAGGUGAAGGCCUUGUGGGAGACCAACACAUGGUCGACGAUGACACGAAAAUGAACGAGGCCCCUCAAGACUACUCUUACUACCCAGCUCCGCUUUACGAGAGCAUUCCAGCGAAACUCGAGCACUCGCUCCCAUUACCCCAGCGCAAUAUCAAAGAGGAGUACCCUGGCCCUGCGGCAUCAGCCGCAGCUUGGCACAACGGCAGCUGUGGACGCUUCCAGGGUAUGGAGACCAGCCGUGGAUACUAUCCGGACACUCAUGCGGGAUACUGA